AUGGCUACCAAUGCCAACAGUCGCCCUUCCUCUCGAGACUCUCCUGUGCCACAAGGAGCUCAAAGAGACCAAGAAGGUCACUACGUUGGAUCUUCGAGCGCAGCUUCCUUCCUUAUUCGUAUUCAGAAGCGUUUGCAUCAGAAUUCUUCCCUCUCACAUGACUCUACCAUCUUUACUUUCGGAGACGCUCCGCUCCCAGAGUUUGAUCUUUCCAUAUUCGUCCCACCACCGAAGCCUGAUGCGCAGAGGCUCGUAGAACGAUAUUUCGAAUACGCGGCACCCACUCAUCGCUUCCUACAUCGACCGACGAUCGAACAGCUUGUAGAGGAGUUUUAUGAGACCCAAGGUGAAAUGAGGAGUAAGGAAGACGGCAAAGCGAAGGCAGCGUUGUUGAUGGUGGUAUUCGCGCAAGCACAGGCAUAUAUGCCGCCUGGCAGUUCAGUGCAAACUAGCAGCGCUCGAUUUUUCCGCGCGGCUGAAAACCUGCUCUCUGGAGAACGUGGCGCUGUAAGACUAGCGAGUGUCCAGGCACGAUUGUUACAGUGCUUCUACCUUCUGACACAGUCCCGCAUCAACCACUGUUGGAGCCUCUUUGGCACGCUGUCACAUCUCGCCCUUGCCAUAGGGUUGAAUCGUGGUAGGAAAUGCGAUCCCUCAACCAAGGUGGACUAUGUGGAAAUUGAGAGUCGAAGACGCUUGUUCUGGGUUGCAUACUCACUUGAUAAGUACCUUGCUGCUGCUCUUGGUCGGCCACGAACCUUCAAAGACGAGGAUAUCGAUCAGGAGCUCCCAACGAUUGUCAAUGACAAUGACCUCCAUCCGAAUUAUAUCAAUCUCCCAACGCGAUCUACUUAUUCGUUGAUGACAGCCCCAGUUGAGCACAUUAAACUUACACGCAUCGUCUCUCUCGUGCUACGAGAUUUGUAUUCGAUUCGUCCACCCAGUCUGGCCUUGCGCGUUGAGCUAUCGGCGAAGUACACUUCGGAGUUGCACGCGUGGCACAACUCGCUGGUCGGAUUCCUCUCUGGCUCCGCCUCAAAUGCACAUAUCGACAACCAGCUGCUCAUACCAGUCUACCAACGUCAGCGUUCCGUUCUCAAUCUGGCGUACCACCACGCGCUUUUACUUAUUCACCGACCUUUCUUACUGAGGGAUUUCGCGAGUUUGACGCAUAUGCCAACCCAUCCAAACUGGAGUGCCACAAACUACGACGCAUCAGCCAACAUCACUGCCUGUCUCGAAGCUGCCAUGUCCCUGGUACGUUUCGUAGACGAUGUAUUUAUGUCGUCCAAUCUCUUCCGCUCUUUCUGGUUUACCCAGUACUAUGCAUUCUGUGCAGUGGUAGUGCUAUACAUCCAUCGCAUUCAACAGGGCUUGGGUGUGAAGACUAAAGUAGAGUGCGAAGGCUUUUUUGAGGCAGGUGUAAAGUGUCAAAGACAAUUGGAGACAGUCAGCGACACUGACUGCCUUGCGCACCGUUACUGUGUUGUCCUGGAAGAACUUAGGACUGAGGCGGUACGGCAAUCAGGGAGGCUAUCGACGCCCGCAGCAUCGGUUGAUACGCCUACACGCGACAACCCCAGCUUCCACGAUAACCCGAUUCUUCCACUGCCCUUGUCUGCACCAACUCCCGAUGCUGUACCACCGUCGUCAAAUCUGUCAAAUCUGCUUUACAACACUACUGGCAAUAACAAUAUCCCACCGACACCAAACGGUGCAGAAGCAUUUGGUACGACUAACGCAACCUUCACAUUUGACCUACUCGAUUGGACAGAUUUUGCUAGUUGGGGACAAUUCGAGGGCCUUGUGACAGCCGGUAAUGGCUCGUUUGACCCUGCAGGUGUAUCACAGAACGAGAACGACUUUUGGUUUGGCUCGUGA